ACAGGGGGCUGGUUGGUGGGCAGGAAGGGACCGGCGGAAACAUCGCAAGAUCUGCUGCGUCGUCUGCGCGCAAAAGCCCCCGAAGCACACUCUGCAAAAGCUAAGGCUGCAGAAUGUUUUGGGCAGGAGAAUCCCUGAAUGGCCUCUGAGGCUCCCUUUCCUUCUUCUUCCCUCCCAGGAACCUGCAGCUUCUGAGCUCCACAGGAAGGACCAAAGAGGCUGAACCUGAAAACCUAGCAAGGAUGGAAGGAGGAAGAUGGACAGUUGACCUUAUCAGACUGCCUCCUGCAUCCUCCCCAAGAACCUCUGGGCAUUUUCUCCCAGGGCCCUCAGAGACAUCUGGAAGGUUGAAAGCGGCUGAACCUGCAAACCGAGCAAGGAUGGAAGGAGGAAGAUGGACAGUUGACCUUAUUAGACUGCCUCCUGCAUCCCUCCCCAAAACCUCUGAGCAUUUUUUCCCAGGGCCCUCAGAGACAUCUGGAAGGAUGAAAGUGGCUGAACCUGCAAACCUAGCAAGGAUGGAAGGAGGGCGAUGGACAGUUGACCUUAUCAGACUGCCUCCUGCAUCCCUCCCCACAACCUCUGAGCAUUUUCUCCCAGGGCCCUCAGAGACAUCUGCACGUGAUGGAAACAAUAGUCAGAAUUCCGAGAAGUCACCUGGAAUUUUAUUGAAGAAACCAUUUAAAUGUGUGGUGUGCGGAAAGUGCUUCAUGCAGAAGACAAAGUUUACUUCUCACAAGCAAACUCACACAGAGGACAAACCAUUCAAAUGUAUGGAAUGUGGAAAGUCGUUCAGGCAGAAGACAUACCUUACAGCACACCAGCGAAUUCACACAGGGGAGAAACCGUUUCAAUGUAUGGAGUGUGGAAAGACAUUUGCUGAUUCUGGAACCCAUAGAAAACAUCAACGGAUUCACACAGGAGAAAAACCAUUUAAAUGUGUGGAGUGUGGAAGGAGCUUCAGUCAAAGUGGAAACCUUAAAAAACAUCUACAAAAUCACACAGGGGAGAAAACUUUUAAAUGUUUGGAGUGCGGAAAGAGCUUCAUUGAUCAUGCGUCCCUUAGUUCACAUCAAAUAAUUCACACAGGGGAGAAGCCAUUCAAAUGUAUGGAGUGCGGAAAGUGUUUCAGACGGAACCAGCACCUUACUGUACACCAGCGAAUUCACACAGGGGAGAAACCCUUUAAAUGUAUGGAGUGUGGGAAGACUUCCACGGAUAGUGGAAGCCAUGCAAAACAUCUACGAAUUCACGCAGCGGAGAAGCUAUUUGAAUGUAAGGAGUGUGGAAAGUGCUUUAGCCUGAAGUCAACCCUCACUUUACAUGAGAGAACUCACACAGGGGAGAAACCAUAUGAAUGUAUGGAGUGUGGAAAGUGGUUUAGCGUGAAGUCAACCCUCACUUCACACCAGCGAACUCACACAGGGGAGAAGCCAUUUAAAUGUAUGGAGUGUGGGCAGACUUUCACGGAUAGUGGAAGCCAUAGAAAACAUCAACGGAUUCACACAGGGGAUAAACCAUUUAAAUGUAUGGAGUGUGGGAAGACUUUCACAGAAAGUGGAAACUAUACAACACAUCUACGAAUUCACACAGGAGAAAAACCAUUUAAAUGUAUGGAGUGUGGAAGUUGCUUCAAUCAAAGUUGCAACCUUAAAAAACAUUUACGAAUUCACACAGGGGAGAAACCCUUUAAAUGUACGGAGUGUGGAAGGACCUUCAGUCGUAUUGAUGCACUUAGACAACAUCGAUGGACUCACACAGUGAAGAAACCAUGAUAGCUUUAUCAUGUAUAAUGAGAUCCAUGGUUUUAAGUUUGGUAACUGCUUUCCAGACUCUUAAACUUCUGUACUCCAUAAAAGGUAAAGGGACCCCUGACCAUUAGGUCCAGUCGUGACCGACUCUGGGGUUGCGCGCUCAUCUCGCAUUAUUGGCCGAGGGAGCCGGCGUAUAGCUUCCAGGUCAUGUGGCCAGCAUGACAAAGCUGCUUCUGGAGAACCAGAGCAGCACAUGGAAACGCCGUUUACCUUCCCGCUGUAGCGGUUCCUAUUUAUCUACUUGCACUUUGAUGUGCUUUCGAACUGCUAGGUUGGCAGGAGCUGGGACCGAGCAACAGGAGCUCACCCCGUUACAGGGAUUCGAACCGCCGACCUUCUGAUCAGCAAGCCCUAGGCUCAGUGGUUUAACCACAGCGCCACCUGGGUCCCAUAGGCACACACAAAUGUGAGCUCUCCCUCCUCCCUCUGUCUCCCUGUGGGGGGGGGGCAGGUAAGCCCCACCUCACAUAAUUGAUCUCAAGACAAAGUGCAUGCACACUAUAUGAAUGACAAUGCCCAUCAACAGGAAAGCAAAAUGAUGCAUACAUAAAACUAUAGCAAACAAGAGAAAAUGUACAUAAAAAAACCCCAUUUAAUUCAAUACAGUAAUGUAUUUGCCAAUACAGUAAUGUCUUUGCACCUUAGGCAGGUUGGUGUGCAAGCAGGUGUUCAUUUGCACACCAGACCUAAACCACAGAGCCUAAGGCUUGCCGAUCCGAAGGUCGGCGGUUCGAAUCCCCGCGACAGGGUGAGCUCCCGUUGCUCGGUCCCAGCUCUUGCAACAAUCCCUCAUGUGAUGGGACUUCCCCACCUCCUCAUUUAAUGUGCCCCCUAAAUAUGUGAGAACUCACUGUCAAAAGGGUCACGAUAACCAGGAUGUACUUCAAUUACACACUCAGCAUGGUGUGGUCAUUUUUGAGCAGUAUGCACACAUGAAACUUCCUCCUAUUUGUUCAUUUCACUUAUGAAUUUCUUCCUACGAAACAACAAUAAGAAAUAAAUAGAAGCCUUUCAUAUCUGAAAACAAUUAAAAACAAUCCUAAACAGUAUAUAAAAACAAUUUCAAAUCCAAUACAGAUACAGACUGUGAGAAAGUUCUCUGCUUAAGUGGCUGGUUCAGGAAGAAAGGUAUUCAAAAGCACCAAAAUGUCUGAUAUACCGUGUUUCCCCUUUUUUAAAGCGUAGUCAUAAAGUAAGCCAUGGCAGCAUUUUUAAGCAGUUGCGAAAGAUAAGACAUACCCCGAAAAUAAGACAUACCUCCAUGCCGUGUAUGAAAACUAACACCCUCCUUAUGGCCACUACUGGCAGUAAGAUGUUGCUGAAUUAGACUGAGAUCCUAUUUAAGUGACUGGAUUUUUAAAGUGCGACCGCCGAGCGCACCAGCCGGGUUCCCCCAGCCACUCUGGGCGGCUUCCAACAAAACAUUAAAAUACAGAAAUCCAUCACACAUUAAAAGCUUCCCUAAACAGGGCUGCCUUAAGAUGCCUUCUAAAGGUCUGGUAAUUGUUGUUCUCUUUGACCUCUGGUGGGAGGGCAUUCCACAGGGUGGGUGCCACUAUCGAGAAGGCCCUCUGCCUGGUUCCCUGUAACUUGGCUUCUCGUAGUGAGGGAACCGCCAGAAGGCCCUCGGCGCUGGACCUCAGUGUCCGUGCAGAACGAUGGGGGAGGAGACGCUCCUUCAGGUAUACUGGACCAAGGCCGUUUAGGGCUUUAAAGGUCAGCACCAACACUUUGAAUUGUGCUCAGAAACGUACUGGGAGCCAAUGUAGGUCUUUCAGGACCGGUGUUAUGUGGUCUCGACGGCUGCUCCCAGUCACCAGUCUAGCUGCCGCAUUCUGGGUUAGUUCUAGUUUCCGGGUCACCUUCAAAGGUAGCCCCAUGUAGAGUGCGUUGCAGUAGUCCAAGCGAGAGAUAACUAGAGCAUGGACCACUCUGGUGAGACAGUCUGCAGGCAGGUAGGGUCUCAGCCUGCGUACCAGAUGGAGCUGAUAAACAGCUGCCCUGGACACAGAAUUGACCUGUAAUGCAUCACAACUUUGGCAGUGUCAAGCCUUGGGCGGAAUUCUUUGGUAAUUUUCAUAGAGGGAGGGGCGUGAGGUGGAGACCUUACCCCCCUUGCGGCAACAAGAUCGGGGUAUUGGGGGAAGCCUUGACCAUGCCAAUAGGCGUCAUCACUUCCCCCUUCCAGCGGCGGUGAACAGUGGGCGGGCUCUCUCUGCUUGAACAUAUGUUCUCCGGAGCCAGCCCCAACCUCCAUACAUGUGGAUGACCCCAAAGCCUCCCAGAACCCUGGCUGGGGGCUGGGAAGGAUAACGCCCAAUGCCUGAACCAAGGUCUCCCUACAUCUGAAUCUUUAAAAAGUUGUGGCCAAUUUGAAUCCCAUAGCACGUUGUUAUGCGUCUUUAUUCCGCUCAGCGGGUUGCCUGGGGGUUUGGGGGACUCCGCCUGUCCACGCAAAAGCUGUGUGACACCCAUCUUCUCAUCUACCCUGCCUGCCUGUUUUCCCAUGUUGUGGUUCUAGACAUUAUUUAUUUGUAGUAGUAGUAGUAGUAGUAGUAGUAGUAUAUUUCUCUCCUGUUCGUCCUCCCAAAGGAGCCCAGGACAGCAAACAACAAAGCAGCAAUGCCAGAUGGGCGGGGUACAAAUAAUAAAUUAAUAAAUACAAAUAAAUAAUAGUCUCCUUCUCUGGAGGUCUUUAAGCGGAGGCUUGACAGCCAUCUGUCAGGAAUGCUUUGAUGGUGUUUCCUGCUUGGCAGGGGGUUGGACUGGAUGGCCCUUGUGGUCUCAAAUAUAUAAAUAAAAGGAUGUCAUAUAGAAGAGGAUGAAAGGUUGUUUUCUGCUGCUCCAGAGAAGCGGACACGGAGCAAUGGAUUCAAGCUACAAGAAAGAAGAUCCCACCUAAACAUUAGGAAGAACUUCCUGACAGUAAGAGCUGUUUGGCAGUGGAAUUUGCUACCAAGGAGUGUGGUGGAGUCUCCUCCUUUGGAGGUCUUUAAGCAGAGGCUUGACAGGCAUAUGUCAAGAAUGCUUUGAUGGUGUUU